CUGUUUGGGUUUCCUCGCCUGCAGCCAAUAGCGGUGAAUGUUGCUCAGCAGCCAAAGCCACAGCCGCCUGCUUCUGUUGGGGGCGAAGGGGGGGAUUCUGGCGUCUCCUUCCUCAGCAGUCGGGCGGGGAGUUGGUGAGACAUUUCUGAGGAUGUUCCUGCUUGGCUCAAAGCUCCUGUUGCUGGCUGUCCUUUUUGGGGUGGCGCAUGCAGCUCCUGCUUCAGAUGGAGAUGAGCAGCCUGAAGAAGUACUACUAAACUUUCCCAAGGAUGAAGCUAGUCUGAAUGAAAUGUUCCGAGAGGUAGAAGAACUGAUGGAGGACACACAGUACAAGUUGAGGAAUGCAGUCCAAGAGAUGGAGGCAGAGGAAGAAGGUUCUAAAAGGAUAGAAGUCGACUUUGAGAAGCUACCUGCCAACUACCACAAUGAAUCGGACACAGAUACAAAAAUUGGAAAUAAAACCAUACAUAGUCACCAAGAAAUAAAUAAGGCCACAGAUAACAAGACUGGAUCGACUAGCUAUUCUGAAACUAUUAUUACAUCAAUACGGGAAGGAGAGAGCAAGAGGAAUCAUGAAUGCAUUAUUGAUGAGGACUGUGAGACAGGAAAAUACUGUGAAUUCUCUGGCUUGGAGUACCAGUGUCAUGUUUGCAAAACUCAACACACACAAUGCUCUCGAGAUGUGGAGUGUUGUGGACAUCAACUCUGCGUCUGGGGUGAGUGCGUGAAAGCUGCCUCAAAAGGAGAAAAUGGAACGAUUUGUGAAAGCCAGAAAGACUGCAAUCCUGGAAUGUGUUGCGCAUUUUCAAAAGACCUUCUGUUCCCUGUGUGCACCCCAUUACCUGGAGAGAGAGAGCCUUGCUAUGAUCCUUCAAACAGGCUUCUUAACCUAAUUACAUGGGAGCUGGAGCCAGAUGGAGCCCUCGAUCGCUGCCCAUGUGCACAUGGGUUCAUUUGUCAGAUGCAGAGGCACAGCAGCGAUUCUCUGUGUGAACUCUCUUUCAAUAAGACCCAAAAUGAGAAGCCUUUACCAGUGGAUGAAAUAUCACUUCUGGAUUUUGUAACCUCACACAUUCCUGGCGACUAUGGAGAGAGAUUGAUUACAGAAGUACAGGAAGGUUUGGAUGAAGACUUAACUGAUUCAAAGAAACUGGAUCUGAUUUUUGGAGAUGAAAUGUAAAAUAGUUAAGCAAGUUAAUUAAUCACACUCACCAUUCUAGCAAUUUAGAUAGUGUCUUGUUUGAUAACUCUAAACUUGCACCCCUUUUCACUACUGGAUAGAAGUGCAAUAAUUGAGAGUAUACUCUACAUAGUUAUCUUCUGCCCUUGCAUGAUCAGAUGAGGUUUUCUCUUUUCAGGCUCGAACCAAAUUCUACACUAAAAUGUCAAAAGUUGUCAAUGGACUCUUUUGUGGACAAGUUUGAGUUUUAAACGAGGCAUGAUUUGAACUUGUUGAUGGAUAGAUUAAUUUAAGUCUAUUUAUGAUUAUUGGUGGUGGUUUGAGCUCUGCAUUUUAUGUAUAUGUUGCUUGUUUUCAAAAUUUGUCAAGAGCCUUCUUGAUUUUUAGACUGGGCAUUGUUUUUAUUCAGUCUUUUAAAAUAUAACCAACGACACUGCUGUAACUGUAUUUUUUUAAAACAGCAACUACAGGGACUUGAGAUUUUAAAAUGAGGUAUACAGGAUGAGAAAAAUCAGUGUGGCAUGUAAUUUAGCAAUAACUAGUAAAAAGCAUCUCAACAAGAUCUGAGUGAGAUGAAACUUUAACAUCAAAAGGAUAGUAAUCAUUCCUCUAGACAGCUAUUUUAUCUCAUCCUAGAAGCAAGUUCUAGAAGGCAUGUAUGUUUUAUAUACAAUGCAUAUUUGUUAUUGAGCACUUACAAUAAAGCAGUAUGAUUU